AUGAGAGACGUUCUUGUAACCAUAAUGGCGAGCUUGGGCGCGCAGACGAGCGUGUCCUGCACGCUGGCUGCCGCGGCCGGCCUUUUGUCGCACUGGCUCUACUUCAUCCGCGGCCCACGGAGCAUGGACGCCCUCAAGAUUGCAGUCUUCUACAUCCUGGCGCUGGCGCUUCUCUUGCUCAAGACCACGACGUCGUUGGGGCUCUACCGCGGAGUCAUACUCUACGCGGAGCUGUCUGGGUCGUACUUCCUCGCCCUCUUCGCCAGCAUCGGGGCGUAUCGUCUUCUCUUCCAUCCCCUUCGCCGGUUCCCCGGCCCUCUGCUGACGCGGGCCUCGAAGGUAUACCUGAUGUGGCAGAACAGGAAUUGGAGGCUGCAUCAGCGGUACCUGGAGAUGCACGCCGAGUACGGAGACUUUGUGCGAGUUGGCCCCAACGACAUGUCUAUCGUGAACCUCGACGCCUUCAGCAAGAUCCACGGCCCGCAGGCGAAAAGCACCAAGCACAACACCGGCUUCUACGACGAGCUGGUCACCAACGGCGAGCUGAACCUUGAUUCCCUCUGGCACAACGAGGAACACCGCGACAGGCGCAAGGUCUGGGACCAGGCCCUAGGAAGCAAAGCCCUCGAGAAGUACGAAGAGGAAACCCGCGCCGUCCUCCGGACCUUCCUCUCGCGCCUCGACGACCUCCAAGGCACUCCCGUCAACACGACGCUUUACGCCAAGCUCAUCCCCUUCGACAACAUGGGCCGCGUCGGCUACGGCCGGGACUUCGGUACCAUCCGCGACGGCCGGGAGGACCGCAUGCUCGACCUCAUCGAGUUCACAUUCAAGCUGGCGGCGCGUCUCGGCCAGACGCCCUGGCCAAUCGUCUUACUCGCCCGGCUGCCGCGGACCGGGAUGGCCAAAGAGUUCGAAGACCUGGGUAACCGGCUUGUUGACGAGAGGAUCGCGGUCGACUCGGACGAGAGGCAUGAUAUGCUCAAGUAUUUCCUUGACGACCACAGGUCCGAGAAGCCAAAGUCGUUCCGCAGCAUCAACGUCCUGUACAGCGACUCCAAGGCGGUCCUGAUCGGCGCCACAGACACAAUCUCGUGCGCCCUGGGCCACGCCUUCUUCUAUCUCGCUCGCGACGCCGACCUCCGCCGCCGGCUCUACGACGAGAUCGCAGCGGCGCACGGCGCCACCCUGCCGGGCGAGUUCGCCGUGGUUGACCUGAACGGGCUCGGGCUCUUGGAGGCCGUCAUCAACGAGACCCUGCGGAUCCAGACCCCGGCGGCAAUCAACGGGCCCCGGAUCGCGCCGCCCGAGGGGGUCGUCGUGGACGGGACACACAUCCCGGGGGGUGUGACGCUGUUUACGCCGCUACAUUGCUAUCAUCGGAGCCCCAAGUACUGGAAGUAUCCGGACGAGUUUAUACCUGAGCGUUGGACGACAAGGCCGGAUUUGAUACUCGACCGCAGGGCUUUCGUGCCCUUUCACUACGGACGCUUCGAUUGCGUGGGACGACGCCUGGCGUUGAACGUUCUCCGCCUCACGAUCGCUUAUACGCUCUGGCACUAUGACUUCCGGUUCGCUCCGGGGGAGGACGGCAAGAGGUUCGAGGAGGAGGCAAAGUUCCAGCUGAUAGUUAAGCCGGCGGAUCUCCACUGCGUGUUUACUAAACGGUCCGAGACGGAGGUCUAA